GUUCCGUUACUUAUGCCGUUCUAGUUUUUACGCUGCUUGGGCAUCGUUGAUUUGCUUUCCCCGAGAAGAUGGGAAAACGCCGGUUCCUUGAAUCUGCGGCUCGACAGUUGGCGGGAACGUGUCCAGCCCAAUCGCGAUUUUUGCUAUGGACACUCAGCAACAUAGAAGGCAAAAAGGAACAUCCUGUAAAUCCAAUGUGCUGCUACUGUUUCCAAUUUCUUUUUGCCAAUAACUAUAGAAUACGUCUGUUGCCCAAAAUGAAAAUAACAUCAAGGACAGAAAAAAUACUUAAUCUAGAAAAAAAAAACUACAGACUUAGUUUAAAGCAAACAAAGCUCUUGAGGAAGUACAAGGAAUCAAAGAAUGCCCUGCUAAUUACUUGCAAUUCGUGCAAAAAAACAACAAGGCAUUAUGGAAUGAGUAGAGAAGAAUACAACUUAAAAACACCAAAUUUGAAAAUAUCGUCAAACAGAAGUACACCUCUUAUCCAUAAGAACUCUGGAUCCAAAAGAGGGAAAUCAUCUUCAGGCCUCAGAACUAGUACAGUUGGAUUACCCAUACAUCAUUUCUCUAGGACACAGAAUAAAGCCAAAAUCCUUUCCAGUCAAUUAAAAAAAAUGCUUAACUUUGAAGAAGAUAAAAGCAAAAGGGGAAACUUGAAGAAUUUCUUAAUGUCACUUUAAAAACUUAAAAUAAGUAAGAGCCUAUAAUUACAACUGUACUACAUAAAACUGUAUUAUGCAAUGGGAAAUGCACCAUGAACAAAUAUGUAUACAUUGCACUGGAUAUAAAAAAUAUUUUGAGGGAUAAGAUAAAUUGGGUAUUCGCACCACAUAAGGAACAAAAAUGGGAAUAAUGUGAAUGUUUAAUUAUUACUACUUAUAUUAUUCAAAAUAUAUUCUCAAAAUAAAAUUGGUCUGAACUUAAAACUCACAACAUGUUGUUAUGGAAAAAUAAUAGCAAUAGCACAGACUUAUAUACUGCUUUGUAGUAUACAAAUCUUUACAGCCAUCUCUAAGUGGUUUACAGAGUCAGUGUAUUGCCCCCAACAAUCUGGGUCCUCAUUUUAUAAAAUACAGCUACAAAUUCUUCUCCAAACUCUAACCCUCAAAGGACCAGGAAAAUAUGUUUGAAAAACAUCUGGUUCAUUUCAUCUGAAAGGCUUUAAACUGAAACUAGAAGGGGAGGGAGAUCUUUAGGACCAAAACUCAAGCCUAAACACCAAGACAACCUGAACAAAGUGAAAGCAGUGUUUUAGGCUUUUAAGAGAGCUGAUUUCAACAAACUAAGAUUACAAAGGAUGAGUACAAAUCACCUGGACAAGAUGGCUUACAUCUCAAGGGUUCUGAAGGAGCUGGCAGAUGUAAUCUCAGAGCCACUGAAUGUAAUAUUUCAAAGCUCCUGUAAAACAAGGGGAACCAGAGCACUGGGAAAGAUCUGAUAGGGUUCCAAUCUAUCUCUCCCCCCACCCGCACCCCAAAAAUGUGGUAACAGAUCCAGGAAAUUAUAAGCCAAUCAGUUUGACAUCAAUACCUGGGAAAAUCCUUAAAAAAAUAAGAGGAUUUAUUAGCAUCUAGAAAUUAACAAGAUGAUUACUAGAAGUCAGUAUGGUUUUGUUAAAAACAGAUCAUGCCAGAUAAACCUUUAAUAAAGUGACUAGUGGACCUGUGAAUGCACCAGGCGCCAGCCAUGAGACUGCGGUUAGGGAAGUGAAAGUGGAGCCAGCUAAGCCUGUGUCCUAGAGAGCUGCUUAUUCCAAGAGAAUACUGCAAGAAAGUCAGAUAUGCUGACACCCCACUAUCCAACAGGCUCUGCUGCCCUACCAGCCAAUGAAUUGGGCUAUGGGCUAAGUUGUGGAAGCCAAAGAUGUAUUCUAUGAUGUCCAGGGAGAUGGAAGAAGUUAGGGGCUUAAUAGAUAAGAAUUUGGCCAGGGGUUUCAGCCAGCCAGCCAAAUCAAAGAAUGGUUCCCUGAGGAUGUGCAUGGAUUAUAGGGGGAUAAUUGUGUGUAGAACAUGUACCCGCUUCCCUCUCAUGAAAGACAUGUUGGGUUACUUGUCCAAAGGGAGAAUUUUCACUAAUCUGGACUUGAGGGAAGCGUACUAUUGAGUGAGGAUUAGGGAGAGGGAUGAGUGGAAGACUCUUCGACUGUCCCUUGGAAUGUUACCAAUUCUGGGUGAUGCUGUUUGGUACACAGGGGACUCCAGCUGUGUUCACGCAGUUGAUAAAUGAGGUCUUACAUGAAUAUCUGUACAAAGCAGUGCUGGUAUACCGUGAUGAUAUUUUAAUUUAUGAAAUAAAUGAGAAUGGAUGAGCACAUAAAGCUACGCUAUUUG